AUGCAGCCUGUUGGCAGCUGGGGCCGCGGGACGGGCAGUGGCGAGGCGCCCGACGAGGCCCUCGCGCGCGCAGUCGCCGUCGCCUCGGCAGGCAACGCCGGCGCAGGCGGCAACGCGGCCGCCGCUUGGAUGCAGUCGGCGUCUGGCGACGACGGAUCAGGGGGCGCUGCGGCGCUCUCGGCGGCCGCCGCCGCAGCGGCCGCUGCUGCGGCGGCGGGGGCGGCGCCGGCUGCAGCUGCGCCCCGGGGCCCGCGCCACCGAUCAUCUGAGAAGACCUCCAGCUACCGCGGCGUCGCGGCGACAGACAAUGGCACUUGGCGCGCGCGCAUCCGGUUCGGGCGAUAUACGGUGCACCUUGGCAGGUUUCGGGAGGAGCGCGAGGCCGCGCUGGCGUACGACCGCGCCGCGUCGCUGCUGCUGGGCCCUAGCGCGGUCCUCAACUUCAAAGAGAAGAACAAGGACGCCUGCGCCAUGGUGCACACCGCGAUCGUGAUUCAGCAGGUCCUGGGCGCCGACGCGCCGGAGGCGGUCGCGCGCCUCGCUGGCGGCGCGGCGUACCCGGGGCAGGGCGGCGAUGGCGGCGGGAACGGUGGCGGCGGCGGCGGCGGGGGCGCCAAGCCGGGGGUGAAGCGCGCGAAGCUCGAGACGAGGAUGGCGCUCGCGUCGCAGUACAACCACCAGAGGCGCGCGGAGCAGGAGCAGCAGCAACAGCAGCAGGAGCAGCAGCAGCAGCAGCAACAGCAGCAACAGCAGAUCAUGCAGCUCAUCGAGCAGCAGCAGCGCGCGGCCGCCGCCGCGGCCGCCGUGGCCGCGCAGCAGCAGAGCAGUGCCGCCGCCGCCGCCGCGGCAGUCCGCGGGCCCGCGGGCCCAGCCGCGGCGCGCGGGGGCGUCGCGCACGGCGCCGCGCUGCAGCCGCUGCCGCCCCUGCUGGACGUGCAGCGGCGCCGCGCAGAGGACGCGCUGGAGCAGGAGCUGCUGCUUCAGCUGCAGCUGCAGCACCAACAGCUCUCCCUGCUCGGCGGCGCCCAGGGCGCGGCUGCCGCCGCCGCGGCUGCGCAAGCGGCGCAGCAGGCGCUGCCGCGUGCGCAGCGCGCGCCGGGACGCGGGGACCCGGACGCCGACGCGCUGCUCGACCAGAUCCUGCAGGAGUAUGCCGCCAUGCAGCAACACGACGCGUGGGCGUCGCAGCCCAGCGCACGCGCGCCCGUCGCCGCGCCCGGUGCGGGCGCGGGCGCCGCGGCGGCGGCGCAGCUGCAGCAGCUCCGCGCGGCGCCCGGGCCCGCGGAGGGCGCGCUGCAGGACAGAGUGCUCGACGCGCUGCUGCACGGCUUCGAAGCGCGCCUGCUGGGCGGCGCGGGGGCCGCCGGGCGCGGCGGCGGCGGCGGCGGCGGCAGCGGCCUGGAGCAGCUCGCGUUGGAACAGCUGAUGUCGGCGGUCGGUGGCGCGGCCGCGCUCGCCCCGCGGCAGGCGUCCGGAGGCGGAGGGGGAGGCGCGCCGAUCGCGUGCGUGUCUGCGGGCGGGAUGCCUGUGGGGGACGUGUGGGAGCAGGCGGCGGCGCGAGAGGCGGCUGCGGCGGCGGCGGUUUCGGCGGCGGCUGCUGUGCAACAGCAGCACCAGCAGCAACAGCAGCAGCAGCAGCAGCACCUGCAGCAGCUGCUCAAGCUGGAGGUGCCACAUCAGCAGCAGGACCUGUCGAGCCAGCGCAUGGAGGCCGCAGCUCGCCCCCGCCCCACGGGCGCGGCGGCUGCAGCCGCGGCCGCCCCGCACGGCAGCCCCGCCAUGCCGCAGGGCGGGGCCAACAGCAGCUGCAGCGGCCAGGGCCGCGCGGCGGCCACCGCAGGCAAGCCCGGCGUCGCCGGCGCCGCUGGCACGGACGGCGCGGCCUGCCCCGGCGCGGCCGGCUUGCUGCUCGCGGCGCGGCAGGCGCGCAGCAGCGGCGAGGACGACCUGACCACUGAUCUGGACGCGGAGCAGGCGGUGAUGGCGGCCGCGAUGGCCCAGAUCGAGCGCCUGCUGCAGUCGCAGCCCGAGCUGCUGCUCGCGUGCAUGCGGAGCGCCGCGCAGGUCGCGGGCGAGCCGCUGCAGCAGGACGCGGCCGAAACGCACGCGGCGGCGGUCGCUGCGGUGGCGGCGGUCGUGGACCAGCGCAAGCGCGCCGCGGGCGGGGCCGGCGGCGGCGCGGGCGGCGCGGCAGAGGCGGAGGCGGCGGGCGGGGCCGGGAAGCGGCGGAGGGGGUUUGGGGGGGACGCGGAUGGGGACACGACUUCCCUGAGGCAGCAGCCGCGCCUGCAUGAGAACCAUGCCUCAGGGGCCCAUGUGUAG